GGAUUCCGAGCGGCGCUGGUUGAGCCCUCAAAGUCCCUCAUUACCGCGCGGGCUGAGGGGGGGUCUGCGGCGGUGUCACCACACGGAGCGGAGCCGGGGACAGCGAGCGCCUCCCGCCAGCCGCGGCCAUGGACAUGAAGAAAAGGAUCCACUUAGAGCUGCGGAACAGGACGCCCUCAGAUGUUAAGGAACUUGUUCUUGACAACUGUAGGUCAUACGAAGGCAAAAUUGAAGGCCUCACAGAUGAGUUCGAAGAGCUGGAAUUCUUGAGUACAAUCAACGUAGGCUUAACCUCAGUUGCAAACUUACCAAAGUUAAACAAACUUAAGAAGCUCGAGCUAAGUGACAACAGAGUCUCAGGAGGACUGGAAGUGUUGGCAGAAAAGUGUCCAAACCUCACGCAUCUAAAUCUAAGUGGCAACAAAAUAAAAGAUCUUGGUACAAUAGAACCUCUGAAAAAGUUAGAAAACCUGAAGAGUUUAGAUCUUUUCAAUUGCGAGGUAACCAACUUGAAUGAUUAUAGAGAAAACGUAUUCAAGCUCCUCCCACAACUCACAUACCUCGAUGGCUACGAUCGGGAUGACAAAGAAGCACCAGACUCUGAUGCAGAGGGCUACGUGGAGGGCUUAGACGAUGAGGAGGAAGAUGAAGAUGUCUUAUCUCUAGUGAAAGAUCGGGAUGACAAAGAAGCACCGGACUCUGAUGCAGAGGGCUACGUGGAGGGCUUGGACGAUGAGGAGGAAGAUGAAGAUGAAGAGGAGUAUGAUGAUGAUGCUCAGGUAGUAGAAGAUGAAGAGGAUGAGGAGGAAGAAGAGGAAGGAGAAGAGGAGGACGUAAGCGGAGAGGAAGAGGAGGAUGAGGAAGGCUAUAAUGAUGGUGACGUAGAUGAUGAUGAAGAUGAAGAAGAACCCGAUGAAGAACGGGGACAGAAGAGGAAACGAGAACCCGAAGACGAAGGAGAUGAAGAUGACUAAACUGAAUAACCUAUUUUGAAAAUUUCCUAUUGUGAUUUGACUGUUUUUACCCUGUAUUUCCCUCCCCACACCCCCAACCUUUUUUCUUUUUUUUUCUUUUUUUUUUUUUUUUUUUCCUGAUUGUAAUGUUGCUGUGGGAAUGAGAGGGAGAAGCAGACUGGGUGGGCAAGGGAAUAAAAUACUAUUUUUACUGCCACUCCUCCUCCUAUUCAUUUAAUAUAUUUUUUUUCUUUUUGUCCCUCUUUUAGUCCCUGUAACUGCAAUAGUAAGUAUAAACCAAGUGGUAAUUUGUUUCUUAUUAUUGGAGUGGAUAGUUUGACAUCCCUAAAGAAAAAAAAGUUUUAAAAUCAGUGGACGAUACCCCAAAUACACAUGCUUUGUUCUGAGAUGGCUGGAUAUCCUUGGUUGUUGAAGUUUUCCACCUCUGCCAGUCACAGAAUACAUUGUAAGCAUUUUUGGGGGGUGCUCCUAAUUUAGGCAAAGCAUCCCUCUGCAGCAACAGGUGUGAGAAUGGCAUAUUGAUAAAGUGAUUUCUUUGUUGCCUGUCCGUGAAUGACUGCCAUUUUCAGCCAUUGCUUUCCCUGCUUUUUGUAGGUACCUUUCCUUUUGCUGUUUGUAAAUAGUGACCAAAUGUUUCCGGGGGUUUUUUUGGGGUGUUCCUUUGGAUCUGGUUUGUGGGGUGAAUUUGCAGUCCCCUCCCUCCCCCUGUGUGUUGUGUUCUUUUUUCCUUUCUCUUUUUUUGGUUGGUUUUUUUUUUUUUUGGUUGUUUGUUUAUGGCUAGGGUACAGCCAAUACACUGAAAAUGGCAGGCAUUUAAAUAUAUAUAUAUAAAUAUAUAUAAAAAGUGUUCCUAAUUCCUGAGUUACUAGUGAAAUGACUUUGACAAUUGUAAUAAAAAAAAUGUUUCAACCCUUUUAAAUAAGGUGUGUACUAUUUUGGUCUGUAAUAUAUAACACCUAGUCAAUUUUAAGUGAUGAGAAACUACUUCCACUUGUGCUAUAUACUUGGAAAAUUUUUACAAACCUAAAUACAGGAGGCAGUACAGCAUGUAGGGUAGAAAGUUUCUUUUCAUACACUCAAGCACGAGAUACUAAUACGAAAUUGUAUUUUCUUACCUAGUGGAAGUCAGUAAAAUGACUGAAAAUACCUAGUGAAUGUACAGUUUUACUUUCAUAUCCCUCUUUAAAAUAGCUUUAGAAGUGACUUGUAUUUCCUAGUCAAUAUUUCAUCUGUAUAAAUACAUUUGCAACAGUUUUUUUUGGUUUUUUUUGUUUUUUUUUCCCCAGAAGAGCCAAACUUUGAGUUUUAUGUCUGUUUGUCAUU